AUCUGAAGGAGGCCACUCCUCUUUUGUAUGUGUCUAAUAAACUCUUUUCUCACUCCGUCUCUUCUCUUCUACCACAAUGUCUUUCACCGGAAAAUAUGAGUUGGAAAGUCAAGAAAACUACGAGGAGUUUCUGACAGUAAUUGGGCUGCUCAAUGCAAAGACGGACCAUAAGGUGACUACAGAUGUGGUUCAGAAUGGGAACGACUUCAUCUGGACACAAAGCCUUCCCAACUGGACCUGGUCUAAUAAGUUCAGUGCCGGUAAGGAAUGUGAGCUGACUACAAUGACGGGCACCAAAUUCAGUGCUCUUGUAACUCUGGAAGGUGGAAAGAUUUCAGUGCCGUUUCCAAAGUAUCAAUUCACAGCAGAGAUCAUUGAUGACAAGUUAAUCAUGAAUUGCAUAACUCCAGGAGAGAAGGGUGUGACUUUAAAAAGAGUAAGCAAGAGGAUCUGAGGAUUGCAGGACUCAACAUGCUUCAAUAGUAGAGAGGCUGCAAGAGGUAAAACACAUCUGUAAAUGUUGCUCUGAUAACUGAGGCAAAAAGAACAGAGUAGCCACCUGGUGAAGAGGAAAGUGGACCAUGUCUCUGCUUUCCUGGACUGAAUUUGAUAACUUUACAGAAGUGUUAAAAAAAAUGCAAUGUAUCUCUACCUGAAUGGAACUAUUUUCCUCUUAUAAUGUCCAUGUUUGAGCCAAUAAAAUCCCUUUAACAUGAA